AUGGUCAAGAUUGCCCUUCUCCCUCUCGCUCUUCUUGCUGCACUGGCUCCCUUUGCCGCCGCAAGGAACUGCAAGACUGGGCUGAACUACUGUGGUUGGAACCUCUUGAACAUUGGCAAGUACGGAGCCCAGGUCAAUGGCGCCCUCGAGGCUGCCCACCAGCCCACAGACGACGGCCACAUCCGUGAAUCCCUCUUCCACUGCAAUGGUGGCGACAAUGGCGAUAUCUCCUUCAUCAAAUACUGCGGUGGUGGCUGCAAAGAUGGCGGCAAUGACCGCAGCGACUAUUGCUAG